UCAUGAAGGUUACCAAAACCACUGCCAAGUGUAUGAUAAUUUCUAUUUAGAUUCAAAUUCACCAUCAGCAUUGGGACUUUGAAAAUGUAUUUACCACUCGUAAUAUGAAACAACGCUACUGGCCGUUAAAAAGGCGAAGACAACAAGAAAGACGUAAUUACGAAUGGGAUUAACUUAUCGUGCUGCGUGGUAUGGGUGUCAGCCAUGCGGCUCUCAGCAGUUCACGUACGACUCGUGUUCUGUUUAGACGGAUAUCCUAUAACCCUACACCAACAGACAAUACGUGGUACACAUAUAUCUAUAAUCCAACGAAUGUACUCCUUCUAACUGCCAGUGUAAUGCGUGAAACAAAUAAUUCCCUACUCUAUGGGGUAAUGAAGUGGCUAUUAAAGGUAAUGCAUCGAAGGCGUGACUGGGACGGAUAAAGUAGCGAAGUGCACAGUUAGCGAACGCUUAUGUUUGUGCCCUGCCAGAGGUAAAGCAAACUGUGUAAUUUGUUAAGCUGAAUGGGACCAGAAAUGGCGGCACACCAGGAAAAAGAAAGGGAGCAGUGGUGCCGAGAGAAGGUAGACAUCAUUUGCUCGGCCCUGCAGUGGCUGAAUAGAAAAAACGUGGAGGAGUAUGUUGAAUUCUGCAAAGAUGAGAGCGAAGUAGAAGUUUUAUUUUCAAUGCUAAGCGAAGGGAUGAACAGUAUUGAAAAACCACCUCACCUAGCUCAUAAUGUAAACAGUAUUACCUCGCCACAGCCCGAGCUAGGUGCAACUUCAAGGAGGACUGAAACAGAGGUUCAAGAGUUUGUGAAAGUAAUUACUGGUGACGAGGUCGGUGUCGCAGUGUUGAAAUUAAUAGAAAUGUUUCCUGAAGUUGAUCCCGAAUACAUACAGAGAAGGUGUACGGAGACGCAGGGGGACUCCGACCUCUUCGCGGCCGUUCUGUCCGAGUUGCUUGAUCACGGGGACAGCGACGUAGACGCUCUCCAAAGGCUACUCCAGGGAAUGACCUUGGACGAAUACCAGGCCAACUUUGCAGACUUUGAGGAUUCACGGACCUACGAGUGUGGGAUCUGCUGCUCAGAAAACUUGGGUAGAAACAGCAUGGGCACGUGCCAGCGCUCGCAGGGACACCUAUUCUGCCUUGACUGUAUCAAGAGGUACGUUGGAGAGGAGAUAGGGCAAGGUCGAGUGAGGUUCCGGUGCCUGAACGCAGACUGUGGCUCAGAGAUUUUGGAAGAGACUUUGUGGAUGGUGACACCGAAGGCCGUUUACGCAAGGCUGCUGGAGAAGAGACAACUAGAGGAGGUGCUGACAGCGAAGAUCGAUGGCCUUGAGGCGUGUCCUUACUGCGACUUCAUGGCUGUUCUCGAUACUGGAAACACCGUCUUCACGUGCAUGAAAUGUAAAAAGGACUCUUGCAGGUUAUGCAAGAAGCCAAAUCACCUGCCAGAAGAGUGUGCAGACAUCAGGGAGAAAAAGCAAAACGAGGCACGAACUCACUUAGAAAACGAGAUGGCUGAAGCGAUGAUCAGAGAAUGCAGCAGCUGCAAAAAACGGUUUUAUCAAAUCAGACGGGUGUAACAAAAUGACCUGCUCCUGCGGGGCAAAUAUGUGUUACAUAUGCAGGAAGCCUGUCGAGAAUUAUGACCACUUUAAUUACGACCCUGAUGUGGAUGAUGA